AUGACACAAAUGGGCGUUCUGCGUGUGCGUAUAAAGUCGGGGAUAUCAUCCAUCUUUCUGCUUUGUCUGUGGAAUCUAAUUUCCGGGCAGAUUCGUUACUCCAUUCCCGAAGAACUGGAACACGGAGCAUUCGUCGGGAAUAUCGGAAAGGAUUUGGGUUUGAGCACGGAAGAGCUAUCAAGUCGUAAAUUCAGAAUAAUAUCUGUCGCGUCAAUACAAUAUUUGGAUGUGAACCGCGUGAAUGGAAUGUUAUUUGUGAAUGCAAGAAUUGACAGGGAACAACUAUGUGGUCAGAGUGAUAACUGCGUACUACUCAUGGAAGCGGUGGUGGAAAAUCCAGUGGAGCAGUACCGUGUGGAAGUUAAGGUUCUGGAUUUAAAUGAUAACUCUCCGACUUUUCCGAACAGGGCAAUUGAUUUGAAGAUUCCAGAGUCAGUAAUGCCCGGGACCCGCUUUCCAUUAGAGCGCGCACAUGAUCUGGACGGGAAAAAUAAUUCGGUUCGCACAUAUCAGCUCAAUGCGAACAAAUAUUUUACGUUAGAUGUACAGAACACAGGAAAGUGGAAAUUGCCUGCGUUAGUACUGGAGAACAUUCUCGACCGAGAAAAACAAUCAGUGUAUACUUUAUUACUGACGGCUAUUGACGGCGGCACUCCAGAAAGGUCAGGUACCGCUCACAUAACUAUCAAUAUCCUAGAUGUAAAUGAUAAUCCUCCUGUUUUCCAGAAAUCGUUUUAUAGUGUUAGUCUGAGGGAGAAUGUGCCUCCUAAUUCUUUAGUGAUCAGGCUUAACGCGACUGAUUUAGACCAGGGUACCAAUGGUGAGAUCGUUUAUUCAUUUAGCAGCAACAAUGAGCCCAAAAUAACUGAAGUAUUUACCAUUAAUCCGUUCUCAGGGGAAAUUCAUACAAAAGGAAUUUUGGAUUUUGAAAAAUCGAAUGUUUUUCUCAUUCACGUGGAGGCUAACGACAGAGGCACACAACCGCUUUCGGAGCACUGUAAUGUACGGGUGGAGAUUACAGAUGUCAAUGACAAUGCUCCAGAGAUGACACUAAAUUCCAUUUCCGAUAGCAUCAGAGAAGAUGCUCCGACUGGAACUUUGAUUGCGUUUGUCAGUGUAACAGAUCGGGAUUCCAAUCAAAAUGGAAACAUUGAUUGCCGUGUUUCUCCAAACCUCCCGUUUGAUCUGAAAUCUUCCUUUGUCAAUUCUUACAGACUUGUCACAAGUGCAUUACUGGACCGAGAAAGCGCUUUUCAAUAUAUAAUUACUGUGACGUGUAAAGACCGUGGGUCCCCUCCACUAUUUACCAAUACCACGAUUAUUGUCGACGUUUCCGACGUGAAUGACAAUGCGCCGCAAUUUACGCAACGUUCCUACACGGUGUACGUGACCGAAAACAAUGCACCGGAGAGUUACAUCAGAUCAGUGACUGCUUUAGAUCCUGAUACUGACCGAAAUUCACGGCUGUCUUACACUAUUUUGGACUACCAGGUUCAGUCAGUGCCAGUGUCAUCCUAUGUCUAUAUCAACCCCAAUAAUGGCAGCAUUUACUCUAAAAGAUCAUUUGAUUACGAGCAAUUUAAGACGUUUCAGUUUCAGGUUCGAGCUGAGGAUGCCGGAUUACCAUCACUUUUCAGCGAGGUGGCUGUGCAGGUGGUUGUUCUGGAUCAAAACGACAAUCCACCUAUCAUACUAACACCUGGAACAAAACGCAAUACCAAUUUUCAUGUGAGCCGCUCUGCAGAUCCAGGAUAUUUGGUGACACAAAUUAUUGCUUCCGACGCAGAUUCGGGUAAAAAUGCCCAGCUGUCCUAUCAUCUGAAACAGGCCAGUGUCCCGGGUCUUUUCACGGUUUUACAUAGUUCCGGAGAAGUAAGGAGUGUUCGGCAGCUCAAAGAUAGCGACGUCACCACACAAAAACUAAUUAUCCAAGUGAAAGACAACGGUUACCCGGCUCUUUCAGCUACGACCACUUUAAGCCUGACGGUAAUUGAGGGACCUAUAACCUAUCAGCCGGAAUUUAUUGAAUCGCGUCCGGAUUUCAAAGGCACGCAACAGUUAAGUCUUUACAUAAUAAUAACUUUGGGAGCGACGUCUUUAAUUCUGCUGGUGGUUAUCAUUGCACUUGUAGUCGUAACUUGCCCACGAGGCCACAGUGCCGCUUCCUGCAGCGUUUGCCUCUUCGAUAACUGUUGCUGCACCAGAAAAUUGGAAUAUCAGAAUGCAAAUGUCAACCUUCAACUUACUAGGGAUUCCCACCUCCUUCCCGGUAUACUUGAGGUGCGCGGCAAUGGGUCUCUUUCAGAAUCCUACCGUUACAAAAUUCGGUCAGCACCGGAGCCAGAGGAAAUGUUUUUCACACCAUUCAGUCCGCACAUAUCAGGAAUUACCGGAAUGGACGGCCGAUAUACGUUGCAGUAUGCAAAGCCGCAGAAGACCUGGUCAAAUGAGGUGAGUCAUGUGACGAAAAUGUAA